UUGAAUACGGCUUCUAGUCAAGCUAGUUGCAGCUGUACUAAGUGACCUAAACAGUCUCACUUACUGCAACGUUUCCGUUAGUUGGCCGCAGCACUUACCCUCGAUGACGAACACGAAAGGCUAUCGCAGAGGUACUAGACACUUGUUCUCUCGCCGUUUCAAGCGCCAUGGACCGUUGCCUUCCUCUGUGUAUAUGCGGGUUUACAGGCGGGGUGAUAUAGUCGAUAUAAAAGGAGAUGGUGGUGUGCAAAAGGGCAUGCCCCAUAAAUGCUAUCACGGACGAACCGGGCGUGUGUACAAUGUCACGCCGCAUGCUCUUGGUAUUAUCGUCAAUAAACGCGUCGGUAAACGAAUUAUCCCGAAACGUAUCAAUGUUCGCAUCGAACACGUGAAGCCCAGCAAGUGUCGUGAGGAUUUUCUUCGCCGAGUAAAAGAAAAUGAUGUAAAGAGGAAAGAAGCCCGAGAGUCUAACACUUUCGUUUCUCUCAAAAGGCUGCCUGCUCAACCACGCCCUGCUCAUUUGGUGAAGACCAAGAACAACAAAGUCGUCACAGUGCAUCCCUUGCCUUAUGAGUUAAUCGCAUGAUUGUUAAUAAAGAUAAAGCUUGCUUGAUUA